UGGUCACGUGACUUACCUGGACGACGAACUGGUCGUGUCAACAAAUUUUGUUCCGAACAGUGGCUAAUUUUCUAGGAAAUAUACUCCGUUUGAACAAUAUAGCAAUGGAAUAACAUACCCUAAGGCGUGAAAAUCGUGUUGUCCCCUGUAAAAUUUAUUUAUCGUGAAGAACGAUCACAGAAGCAAGAAAAAUGAGUCACAUUCACGAUGGCCCCCUGGCGACUUACAAUUCACUCACUGAUCCAAACCUGUCUGGCUAUUUCGGCAAUACUCGUAUGCGCAGACAUCUGCGAAAGUCUGGAUUGGUUACGCGUCGUGGCGAGAUUGUUGGUGAGAACCAGUACCGACUCAACAUGGCGCGUAAGGAACACAAGAAGCAUGUAAAGGACCUCCUGGCACAGGCCAUCGUUCACAAGACACUCGAUCUGGAGCGGUAUCGGCAGGUUGAAAUCAAAAAGAAGCUGGAGGAAAUCUCAAAGAUAGAGGUGGUUCGCAGAGUUAGAUUGGACAGAAGGACACAGCAGGAUGCCAGUAUAAUGCCUUUACUGUCACCAAAACCACGUAAAACCUCCAAGAAUUCAAGGGGCCGCAAAGGGGAUGAGGAGGUGUUGCCCUAUUUAACUCCACGGUCACAGAGUCGACCACAGUCAGGCCCCUCCGACAUAUCAUCUACGGGGAAACGCCCUAAAUCUGCCCCUGCGCAUCAUAGGCAGCGACACUCUAAAACCUCAGGCUAUACUGAUCCCUAUGAUGAAGUGAUAUACGUGGAUGAUAAUGGUCGCCCUAUGACCCCACCCCCUGCCUCUGAUCGCCCGUCCUACAAGGGUUCACUGCGGGACGGUCACACUGACAAUAUUGACACUCGUCAUCUGUAUGCUCUUGACUCUGAGGCAUUACAACAGUAUGCGCUCCGUCUGUCCAAGUCUGAACGGGGCCGUGAUGGGGCCACCUCUCCAUAUCUCAUCUCGGCUUAUCCAACACCACCGAAACGAGAGCGUACUCGCUCCGCCCGGGUUGGCCGUCACUCACCCCGCAGGUCAGCUAGAAUGUCCGCUAGACCAGAAUACACACAAAAACGAUCAAGUGGAGUCAAGAGUCAUUCUGGGGAACGCCGGGAGAAAGACUCUGGCACUGUUGAAUUUCAGGCUGAACAAAAGAACCUGCACAGUGAAGGAGCGUUAAUGUUGCAUCGUCAGGAGCCGGCCAUGAUGCAUCAGGGAGAGGUACAGACACUGUGUGAGAUAACGAUGAAGUACCACGGGCCCAACCUGACCCUCCCCCGGGACCAGCGUGACCCCACCCAGGAGGUGCACAUAGAGCAGCAACACUGCGGUGGUAACACACUCCCUGUCUUCAGGGAGCGGCUGCAAGCUGGAAGCACUUUCUCAUUUGUAUCACGUCGUCACCGUGGAUACCCGUUCAGUUUGACACUGUACAUUGACGGACGUAUGGACUGCCGUGUGAGCACAUGCUGCGAGUACAAGCACGGAGUCGGCGUAAAACUUGGGGGAAAGAUGGGACACUUUAGCCUAACUGGCAUCACAGGGGCCACACCCUGCUACAAAUGCAAGCUGAGCUGCCAGGCCCCGCCGAGGAGCAUCAAGCUGAAGAAGGGGGCCCAAAAGAAAAAUCAACAGCCCCAGGCACAUGAGGAGGUCACCGUGGAGGGAACACCUAGAACUCCAAUUAAGGAAAAGAAAAAGCAGCCAAAGGAAGAAAUUGCAGGAAAGAGUGAUGAUGACAACUAUGAUGAUGACUUUGAAGAGGAAGAAGAUUCUAAAGAAAAGUACGCAGAUGAUUUUGAACAUGGGGAUGAAGAUAGGCGCCACAUUAUAGGUCUGCGAGAUGAUGAACACCGCGUGAAUGGAGAGACAGUCUUAGUGGACGUGCAGCAGAAGGAGGAGAAGGAGGGGGCUCUACCUCCCCACAGGAGAAUUGAGGGCUACUCGUCGGAGGAUGAGGAUGCUGAAGGCCGCGGUAUGAGUCCGUACAAGGUCAAAGCUGACAUUCAUGCUGACAAAGGUGGAAAGAGAUCAAGAUCUGUGUCUUCCUCAUCAUCGUCUUCAAGAUCACGUUCCAGGUCAAGAUCUAGGUCGUCAUCUAGAUCAAGGUCAAGAUCUAAGUCGUCAUCUAGAUCAAGGUCAAGGUCUUCAUCAUCAGACAGAACACCAAGAAAGGAUGCUGAAGAUCAUGUGAUUCAGGCAAGGCCAAGGUCACCUGAACCUAAAGAGACAAAAGUUGCAAAACAGGAAUAUGUUGUUGAUAUGACCACAGCAAGGUCAGAAGAAGGUCUGGGUACAGCACGCAGCACAACGAGCACAACAAGUGGGGACCUGACCACUGAGACCGAGGCAACGUCUGACAGAAUGACACCUAAGCCUCCUGCUGAAAAAAAAUCACGGUCGGCUUCAUCAAGCUCCUCCAGCACCCUGACGUCAGACAGCGAGGACGAGAAAUACUCACGCAAGAAGAGGGAUAACAAGAUCCGCAAAGAGAAUGAACAACGGAGGCUAGAGGAAGAAAAACAGAGGAAGGAAGAGCAGAUGAAGAGAGAGAAGGAACGACAGGAGAAACUUGAAAAUGAUGAAAGCAGGAGGAAAGCUGAGGAGGAGGAGAGACAAAAAAGGUUCAUGCUGCAGAGGAAUGAGAGCCAGGAGAGGCUGCGAAAGAUGGAGGAGGAGCGGAAAAAGAGGCUGGAAGAGGAGAGGGGGAAGAAAGAGGAACAUGACCAGGCCAAGGAGGAGGAGAAGCAGAAACGCCUAGCAGAGGAGACAAGAAUGAAGCAAGACUAUGAGAGGCAACUCAAUCUCAUCAAGAGCCAGAGGGACAGUGAUACGGCCACCAGUGUCAGUGAUGAGCAAGUAAAACCAUCCGGCAGAAGGUUGUCAAGCUCUAGCUCCAGCUCCAGCUCAAGUUUUAGUAGCGAGUCUGAGAAAGAGAAAAAAACCCAAAAGGUUUCUGAACAGAAGUCUUUAACUGCAGUUACUGUUUCUUCAUCUAGCAGUGAUACCAGUAGUAGUACAUCCAACAGCGACAAUGAGCAAAAGCAAGAACAAAAGUCGGACCCUAUGAAGCACAUGACAACUAUUUCUGAGGAAGCUGAAAAGAAACCAAAAGGAAGAAGGUCUUCAACAUCUAGCACUGGAAGUACUUCUAGUAGCUCAGGUGGGGAGUAUGUUGUAAGACCAAAUGCAAAGAAGAUUUCUGCUACUAGUUCAAGCAGUUCAUCUGAAGAUGAUAACAAGGCUAAACCAACUACGCCAGCAAAAUCAGAAGCUGUGAGGAAAUCCCCUUCACCUCCAACAGUGGCAAAGAAAUCUUCAAGUUCAUCAAGUUCUAGUUCUAGCUCUGAAUCUGAAUCUUCUUCUCGCAAAUCAAAGUCACCAUCACCUAAAUCAGAACAAGAAAGACCAGUGACAGCUGUUCAAUCUUCUAGGACAAGGAAUUCUUCCUCUUCUAGUUCUACCACAAGCACUGGAUCUUCAGAAUCUGAAUCUGAUGCUAAGCCUGUUGUUGAUAAAGAGCCCUCUGUGGUGGUUACAAGAACACCCCUAGAACCUGAGAUGACAUUAAAAGCCACUCUAUAUGAAGAAGAAGCUGUUAAACAAGUAGAAGAAGUUGAAGAAAAUAAAGCAGUGCAUAAAGGCAUGUCGAAGGAGGAGACAGAGGACAGCAGCUCUGAUUCCAGCUCUGGAUCCAGCUCGGACUCCUCAGACACAGAGUCAGACUUGGGGGAUAAACAGCCUCCUGGUGGCAGACAAGCAACCACUGAAAGUGAACAAGAAAACACUUAUGGAGGUCACGACCCUGAUAGUGUAGCCUCCCCAGGGCUCGGGAUGUUGAGCCCAAAAACACACUAUGGCUCCAUACUUCCUAUGGUGAAGGGGGAAUCCUCUGUUGACCUCAGUGGUGUCAAGCUGGAUGAAGCGCAGGUUAUGGAGCUGUCCACCUUCAUCAAAGAGAGAGAUCACAUCCGGGAAGUGACAUUAUGCAACACUGCCCUCACGGACACCAUGUUCACCAGCCUAGCCCAGUCCCUGCAGGCCAGCCAGUCCAGUUUCUACCUUCUUAACCUGGGCGUCAAUAAUCUGGGGCCCAAGUCAGUCACCCAGCUGGCCCCUGUCAUCAAGAACCAGGCUGGCCUUAAAGUUAUCAUAUUGAAUGGUAAUCCCAUCGGAAAUGUUGGUUCCAAGUUGCUGUGUGAUGCACUCACUAAAACAAAGGACCCCUUUCCAUUCCUACGUCGCUCAUCUGGAUAUCUCACACCCUCUGAGGCCCGCAAACAGGCAGAUGAAGGACAAGCAGUCAAGUAUGAUAAUUCCGCUGAAGAGGGAUGCAACAUCAAACAGAUGGAUUUAGGCGACUGCAAGAUUGGCGAUGCUGGAAUUGCAGAGAUUUCACGAUUUCUUGAAUCAAACAAGACAUUGACGUCCCUAAAUUUAAAUGGAAAUAAAGAAAUCUCACCCUCGGGCUGGGAAAGGCUUGGACAAGCAUUUAAGAAGAACACAACACUUAAGAAUCUGUCACUAGAUCACACUGACAUUGGUGAUGCUGGUAUUGAAAGCUUGGCCAAGGGUCUGAGGGUGAAUAUUGGCCUACGCUCUCUUGAGCUGGAGCAUAAUGCUUUGACUGAGAAAGGGGGACAGAUACUUCGUGAUCUAGUGAGGGAAAACACAUCCAUUAUUGAUCUUACCAUCAUCUCUGGGAAUCAAGUGUCGGAAAACAUGCAAGACGAAAUUAAGAAAUACUUGGCAUUGAACAAAAACUUAGUAUCUUAAGAAUGGAAGUGAAUUUUAAGUAGUUGUAAAUUCAGUCACAUAUUAUAAAACUUAUGAUAUGACAUGGUAAUUUUUAAUCUUUGUUAACAAUAUUAAGUAAAGUUUGUCGUGAAUGUAGAUAUUAGUUCCAAUAAAAGGCAGAGGUUUUUUUGUCAUUAAUUGAUUGGACCUGCCUGUUGGUGUGGUUUUAUCUAUCCCAUUCUGUAAUGAUUUAUCCCAAUCUGUAAUGAUUUAUCCCAAUCUGUGAUGAUCUAUAACGAUCUGUAAUGAUUUAUCCCAAUCUGUGAUGAUCUAUCACAAUCUGUGAUGAUCUAUCCCGAUCUGUGAUGAUUUAUUCCAAUAUGUGAUGAUCUAUCCCAAUCUGUGGUAAAUCAGAAAUGGUUUUGUUUUCUUUCUGAAGUGAUUCUUAUAUAUAAGUCCUUAAUAAAAUAUGUCAUACCCAAUUCACUUAUAGAAAAGACAAAACAUAAAAUAUGUUUAUUUCUGUUUUAAACUUGCAACAUACUAAUGUUGUGCUAUCAAGCACAAUGAAAUAACAUUUAGGAAGUGGUACCACAUGAUUUGUGUUUACCACUGCUCAAGAACAAUACUUACAACCUGCACACAAUGUAGGUGCAUAUACACUAUGAAACCCAAAACGUGGAUCUGUUCUCCUGUACACUACUGUUUAUACUGUAUAUACAUGUAUUGACAAGUGUUUUGUUGGGACACUCAAACCCAGAGUAAAUGUAAUACAGACACACUUAUUUAGUACGAGAUUUUAACAUUUCUUUUAUUAUUUUUUAUUGAUUGAUAACAUGUAUUACAUGGUGUUUAUUUGUGUUGUUGCUAUUUAUUUUGCUAUCUUUAUCAUGUAAUAGAUUUGGACUAGUCUUCAUUAUGUACACCAAUGGUAUUGUUCAUGUUUGUAGAUCUGUGUUUGAUUGUUGGCUUUGAGAGCACUGUAGCAUUUAGAUAUUAGACUGUUUUGUUCAUUCAUAAAUGUUUAUAAUGAUGUUUGCACUUUGUAUUUGUCAAGUAUUACACUUCUGAUGAUGCUGUAAAAGAGCUCUUCAUGCCCCUUCACACAAAAGACUUGACAUAGAAUAUAGCUUUUUAUGCUCAGUUGUCAUCAGGUACAUAUAUGACAACCUGCUAUGGGCAGGUUUCGGUUAUCUUCUUUUAAAUUUAAUACUACACCAAUUUUAUUGUUUUGUUCUAUGGAUUUUGGCAAAUAAACUCAAGUGAAAGGGAAAAAAAUAAACAUAGUAUUUUUGCAUUUUGUUUUUAGAACAGGAACCAUUUUUCUGAUAUACUGAAUACUCUAAAUUGAAAUGUUAAACAAGUAUGCCCUUUAAGUGUCAUUUCAAACAUAAGAAUCUUGUCAAAAGGUAAUAAGCCUCAUAAAGUUCUCCGCAUAAUACACUUUUUCAUGAUUUGAGUCAUUAUUGCUUUUCAGGAAAGCAGAGUGGUGUGGCACUUAAGAAUGUUCAAUAAGAGCUUUUAUAUGGAAGGAUUUUUUAACACUUUGGUGAAAAAUAAAAGAAGUAAGCUGAAAAAUAUUAUAUUUUUGCAGCUUUUGAAAAAUAAGUCCAAAAAUCUGUCAUACAAAACAUUAAUUUGGUGUGGCCUUAGAACAUGAUUUUUAAGAUGUAAAAAUGAAAACUUGGUGAAGGUUGAUAUUGCUUUAUGAUUCUCAUGAUUAUAACCAUCAUAGGAAAUUACAUGUGUUAUUUGUAGUAAAAUAGUUAUGAUAUCAUAGGAACACCAACUAUUUUUAUUUGUAACAUGUAUAUGCUCAGUUACCAUAUUGUUCACUGUGAUAUAGAAAAUGUGAUCUGUUGAUAUUUCAUUGAAGAUAAAGUGUAUGGUUUGCUCAUGUUAUUUUUUAUAAAAUUGUGUUAACAUUUUUCUGUUAACAUUUAUUGUCUAUUUCAUUACCAAUAACUAAACAUUCAGAAGGCCUUAGAUUGCAUUUAUUCCUUGAGUAUAAUAUAUUAUUAUAUCUGUUGUGUUAAAGUGUGUAUUGCACUAGCUGCUUCAGGUACAUGUAGGUCUUAUUGAGAGAGGUUUUGCUGUCCAGUGUCUACAAUAGCACUUGUAUAGAAAGCCUUUUUAAUCAGCCAAUAUGCUAAACAUGGAUUUACUGAUAAACUCAUUCUGUAGUUACUGAUACAGUUACGCAAACAUUGAACAACCAGGCCACUGGCCACUAUAGAUUUGCAUUAGCUUUAUUAUUGAUCUAGGGUCUAAAUUCGUGCAAAAAUGUUUUAUUUCUAGUUUCUGUCUUCAAAUUACUAUCAAUCAAAUAUUGUCAGUAGCGCCCCUUAGUUGCUGGAGGCAGCUAGAAUCAAAUGUUCUCUAUAAGGCCCCUAAGUUGCUGGAGGCAGCUAGAAUCAAAUGUUCUCUAUAAGGCCCCUUAGUUGCCGGAGGCAGCUAGAAUCAAAUGUUCUCUAUAAGGCCCCUUAGUUGCCGGAGGCAGCUAGAAUCAAAUGUUCUCUAUAAGGCCCCUUAGUUGCCGGAGGCAGCUAGAAUCAAAUGUUCUCUAUAAGGCCCCUUAGUUGCCGGAGGCAGCUAGAAUCAAAUGUUCUCUAUAAGGUCCCUUAGUUGCCAGAGGCAGCUAGAAUCAAUUGUUCUCUAUAAGGUCCCUUAGUUGCCAGAGGCAGCUAGAAUCAUAUGUUUUAUAUAAUGUCCCUUAGUUGCCGGAGGCAGCUAGAAUCAAAUGUUCUCUAUAAGGCCCCUUAGUUGCCGGAGGCAGCUAGAAUCAAAUGUUCUCUAUAAGGCCCCUUAGUUGCCGGAGGCAGCUAGAAUCAAUUGUUCUCUAUAAGGUCCCAUAGUUGCCGGAGGCAGCUAGAAUCAAUUGUUCUCUAUAAGGCCCCUUAGUUGCCGGAGGCAGCUAGAAUCAAUUGUUCUCUAUAAGGUCCCUUAGUUGCCGGAGGCAGCUAGAAUCAUAUGUUCUAUAUAAGGUCCCUUAGUUGCCGGAGGCAGCUAGAAUCAAAUGUUCUCUAUAAGGCCCCUUAGUUGCCUGAGGCAGCUAGAAUCAAAUGUUCUCUAUAAGGCCCCUUAGUUGCCGGAGGCAGCUAGAAUCAAAUGUUAUCUAUAAGGCCCCUUAGUUGCCGGAGGCAGCUAGAAUCAAAUGUUCUCUAUAAGGCCCCUUAGUUACCGGAGGCAGCUGGAAUCAAAUGUUCUCUAUAAGGCCCCUUAGUUGCCGGAGGCAGCUGGAAUCAAAUGUUCUCUAUAAGGUCCCUUAGUUGCCGGAGGCAGCUAGAAUCAGAUGUUCUCUAUAAGGCCCCUUUAGAUUCAGCCAGAUUCAAUGCAAUUUACCUAGUGGUAUUUUAGCCUGACAGAUGAAUCAAGUAUAUAUAUGCACUGCUUAAAAUUUAUGUCAUGUUUAAAUAGAAAUAUAAAAGAGUAGAUGUUGCAUUCUUUCAAAAAGGUCUAUACAUUUGCUAGAAUUACUUUAUUUAUGUUUACUAUUCAUUAUGUUCCUGUAACUGAAAUAUUCUUGAACAAGUUUGUUUAAAAUUUAAAAUUAAGACUGAAUUAUUUUUAUUAUUUUGCUCUGACUGAAUAUCGCUUCUAGUUAAUGAGUCCGUGUCAGACUUUCUCCUGCACAUCGCUUUCUGUAUCAUGGAAACAAUUGUUUAUACCUUAUUUUUUUCUUGUUUACUGUGUUGUAGUCUAUGUUAGCAUGAAAUAGAAUGAAUGUACAAUUAUUCUAGAACUCUAGAAAUCUAAAUAAAUCUGCGAAAAACACAA